AUGCCUCCGAAAGUGGCGCUACCUCACUCUCGCAUGCUGGCGAGCAUGCAGAAGGUGUUGCAUGAUCAGGAGCUCCUUGAGCGGCUCAAAGAGGAAGGACGACGGAGCAAGUUCUACGAUCCAUGCGGGCCGGCAGUAAGGAAACGGCGAGAGGUUGCUCAGAAGAACUUUGAGUACCUGAUUACGCAGGCCGAAGGACUCGAUAACCCUGCAGAUGUAUGGGCCACAGAUAAGCUGCUUGAAUACUGCAAGCUCUAUAUCAGCUACCUCCCGCUUCUCAUAAAGGGUAGGUCAGGAUCUCUCCCCACUGUGUCGUCCUUGUGGCAUUUUAAAGAUGCCAUUUAUUGGCACGCCGUCCGCAGAACGCCCGAUUUUGGCAGAAUCUAUCACCAAUGGCACCGUGAGCUCCAUGCUCACAUACACAUGGUCGCUCACAACAACUCUCUCAAUACGGCUAAACGACUAAAGUUUGAGCUCACGGACUGCGAGUUGACGUUGUUCUGGGAGGAGUUGGAUAAGAAGGCUCAGAAGCCAGGCUUUCUGAACUGGUACCAGCACUAUGUCGCCUGGAUUCUAGCUUAUAUUACCGGAUCACGGCCCGGAUCUUUCACCGUUGCACCCGGUUACUCUAAGGGUAGCAAGGUCGGAUAUGAUGGGGUACGGCCAGAGGAUGAGACGUUGCGCUGGCGAGACAUACACUUCAGGAGAUUUGAAGGCGGAAUCGGCGCCACUGUCACUUUUCACUUCCUUAAAGGCCAACGGAAUCCAUACACCCGCAACAUGUUGUAUGGAUCGCGAGACUUUACAUUCAUCCCAACAACCGGCAACCGCAAUCAUUUAGACCUUGCAUCGCUACUCCUUGGUCUCGCAUACCUUCGAGGCUUGUUCGUGGACCCGUGGGAUAUGAUAUGGCAUGACGAUCACGUCUAUCUCCGUAAGAAUCCGGAUGUUGACGAGCAAGCUGUCUUUGUUGCAGUUGAUGUGCAAGGGAGGAGGUUGCUUCUGGAUACCCCCAUGAAGGAGAACGCGCUGAACCCCAAGCUUGGGGACAUGUGUAUCGACGUUGGUCUUUUUCAACGCAACACAAUGUAUUCUCUGAGACGAGCCGCUAUUUCUGAGACGAAGCGGAGAGUCGGUAGUGAGUCAGCGCGAGAAUUGGCCAACCAUAGACCAGACGGGAGUAGCCUUUAUGCCUACGCGCAUCGAGGAUUUGCGGACGUAGACAUCACUGCGUUCCGCCUACAGGAGCAAGGGUUAACGACCGAAGAAGUAGCUGCGCUGUUCCGUCAGGCUGUCAUAUCAAGGUUCGGCGACGGUGACACGGCGGCAGGUCUGAAGGAAACACUGGAGGCUCGCGUCGAAGAAGCUACCAUGUCCGACGAAGCGUGGAGGAAACUGGAUGAAGCCGUGGAGAAUGUUGUGAGAUGCAUAAGGGAUACACUCCCACUCGACGCCCGGGGCUGGGGCAUGAACACCGGCACUCUCAAGGCGGUGUUAAUCGAGAACUCGGAAAAUGAGCUCCUAGAGCAGCUCAAUCGAGCUGUUUAUGAGCGCAAGAAAGGUCGGAGGGAGAUACGGAGAAGGCUUCGACGAUCUAUACUUGAAUCAAUCAAACAAGAACAACACUCUCAGUUGAGAGUAAGCGGCUCAAAAGCAAAUGCUACGUACGGGAAAGGGGCUCCGCCGAAAUCAAUCCACGAGAACCACCAAGCGGCUCAGAACAACCUGCAGGCAGCACAAGCACAGAUACUGGAGAAUGUGGCUCAGUUAGCGAGGGACGCCGACAGAGAAGAGGCAGAGGAUGAAGAUGGCAGGGAGGCGCAAAACGAUGGUGAUGACAGCGAUCUUCUUGAGGAGGAUGAGCUCCUCGCAGGCUCACGGCUUGAACCGGAAGAGUGGGAGGAGCUCCCUGAGCAAGUAGAAAUGGAGCUUGAUAGGGACGAUGGAAUGGCCAGGGAAGGGACGCCGGCCGAGAGACAAAGGGCCCUCGUUGCGGGGUUGAUGAACAAGGUUGCGUUGUCUAAGGCUGCCAGCCAGACCAGCAAUUUAACCUGCUUUCUCUGCCAGAUCGACCUUACCAGGACCGUGGAAGAGAAAACACGAACUUACACCAUGUGGAAACUAGACGCUCACCUAAAAGGAAACACGCAUACAAGGCUCGCGCAGCUGCAAAGGGCUCUCAAGGCCCAGCCAGGAACCUCGGUUGAGUGUUUUGUGUGCAACAAGAAGUUCCACAGGCGUAAAGUCAUUCCACACCUUCAGCGAGCUCAUCCUGAGGAGCUCAAUUCCGCAUACAACGACGAUGAUUGA